GCUACAGAUUUCAGAACAUUAAAAAAUUAUUUCCACGAAAUCGAGUGAACAAGGCUGUUGUAGAACAUGGCAGCUAUAAAUUUGUUUGCUGUAUUUUCUGGCUUCGUUUCCUUCACUUUUAUAAUAGGUCUUCAUAAUUUUUUGACGAAUAACGAAGAAAAUGGAUGUGAAAUGACUUACAUGUUCGAAUAUCCACAAUAUGUUCGGCUCUCAUUGCCAAGUGUCACAGCUCGAAGGUACCCACGUUAUGGACUCUAUGCAUAUGGUGAAGGGCAUAUGACAGAGAGACUAAGGGCAAUGAAAUUCGGCGGUAUUCCAGUUUUGUUUAUUCCAGGAAACAGUGGGUCACAUAAGCAAGUACGAUCACUGGCGUCUGUGAGUCUUCGGAAGACGUUAAGCUCUCAUACACCCUUCCAAUUUGAUUAUUUUACGGUGGACUUGAAUGAAGAAUAUUCAGCAUUAUUUGGUGGUGUUCUCAAAGACCAGAGAGAGUUUGUUCACCAUUGCCUACACAGAAUUUUGGAACUGUAUCGAAAUAAUGCAAAUAAACCAACUUCUGUUAUCCUUAUAGGACAUUCCAUGGGUGGAAUGGUUGCUAAAGGUCUAUUUUUGGAUCCCAAUUUUGAUAAAAAUUUGGUUAAUAUAAUUAUCACUCUAGUAACUCCACACAGAAGCCCUGUGCUUGCACUUGACUCAUUUAUAACAAGAUAUUAUGAUAAUGUCAAUGCAUAUUGGAGAGCCAAUAGAAAAGCAGAAGGAAACCUGAGUCACGUGACAUUUGCAAGUAUCGGAGGAGGUCAUAGGGAUAUUCUAGUUAGAUCUGGAUUGACCCAGACUGAAGAAGCAGAUGUUAAUAUUUUGAGCACUGCAGUGCCCACUGUGUGGCUGUCCACAGAUCACCUUUGCAGUGUGUGGUGCAAGGAGCUGGUGCUUGUGAUUGUUAGAACACUGUUUGAUAUUGUGAACCUCACCACAAAGCAGGUGUCCAAAAAUGUACAGGAGCGCAAGUCUGUCUUCCAUUAUCAUAUGAUACAGAGAACAGCAGGGAAACAUUUCUCUACCUCAUUCCAUCCUCAUGAUGUAUACUUUGAUUAUAAUGGGUUUUGGACGGAGAGUAUACAACGACAGUUCACCUUUCAUGAACCCAAUGGAGUUUUUACGGAAACAUACAUCAUGAUCCGAUUGCUUGAUGAUCCAAAGCAUGAAAUGUUGGCAGUGGAAGCUGUCAAUAACAAUGACAGGGAUUGGGUAUUUGCGUGCGUUGCUAAUGAUGUUCAUAAUAAUGUUAGGAUAUGCCACACUGGAAUCAAUCUGUCAAAUGAGACAAAGUUUUUACCAUCACGCCAUUACCGGAGGAAAUUUGUGUACCUAAAUUUGGCAGCAUUGAAACAUAAAUCAUUUACACAUGUCAUCCUACGAGUGAAACCGACCAAGGACAUGGUUCAGUUUAAUGUUGAUGUCCAUUCCUCUUCAAACCGUCACAUAGCUGUUUCUCUAUCAAAGUGGAUUUCAUUCCUAUCAAAGUCAGAAGUGUUAGACUCAACAUUUGACCAUGCUGUGUAUUAUGAGCUUCCUCUGCCAGGGUUUGAGCAGACCUGGCAAGCAUACUUGCUUUAUAUUGAGCCAAAGAGCUGUCAGAAGGCUCCAAACCAUGCACUAGCAACAAUGGUUGUGCCAUGGAGCAAGGAAGAUGUGCAUGCCCACAUAACAGAAACUCUUCAUAAGCCACUACGCUUAAGACUUCAGUCUCCAAAACCUCUGUCAUACAAAUCAGGUGACCCUGUUAAAGUCACAUUGAUUUUGGACCCACAGUGCAAAUACUCUGUUAGAAUUCAGAGUGGAGUGCUGGACAGUUUUGGACAGCUGGCUCGGUUUUACAGCCCAAUGCUGUUACCAUAUCUGGUGGCCAUAUUGCUGCUUACUCUGCGUGAACAACUACGUACUCUGGUGGAAACUGGGCAGUGUGUCAUGUUUCAUACAGCGUUAGGUGCCGGAGCAAAGCCAUAUUACGGCCUUCCAGCUGUGAGAAUUGGGAUACAGGUUGUGGGGUGGAGCAUGUUAAUGAAGAUUAUGCAUCCGCUGUUGCCACUACCUGACCUCAUAAUGCUGAAGGAGCAAGACCUGCAUUCUCUGCCUCUUUGCCUGUACCUCUAUGCUGUAGCUUAUGGGGCAGCAUACCUCCUUGGUCUGGGUUGCUGGCUUACCAUUAUUUUCAGUGGACAUACUGCACACAAGAUGGCUGUAAGCUUCCUUGCCAAGGCCCUGAUGGGAACAUUAACCUUAUCAGAAUGGGCCAUGACAGGACUGUCCAAGUUGCCUGCAGCCGUGGCUGCAUUCCUCCUUGCUCUUAUCUACAGCACAUGUGGUGCCCUCAGCCUGUGUGUGGGAGCUGCCUUCUUUUUCCUCAAGCUUUGCAAAACGUAUGAAAACUACCUGGAACAUUUAUUUAAAUAUUCACUAAAAUUGUUGCUGAAGAGACAAAAGAACAGCAAAGCUUCUGAAAGAGAGCAAAGCUCAGUAGUUGAAGGUGAUGAUGAUGACCGUAAGAAGGAUGCUACUACCUCAACAAAGGAUGAUGAUGAUGAUGAUGAUGGUAAAACUCAAGACAGUAUGGAGAUGGAGACUCAAAUCCAGCAAAAUGUUGUGCCUGAUACUGACACUCAAGACAAAGCUGAAACAUCUCAGACUGAUGAAACUACAGAGAGUGCUGCAAAUGUUAAUGAUGAUUCUGUCAAGAGGAGUGAGGAGCAUGUAGUUAGGAGCCCCUCAGAUGUUGAAGUAUCAUCAGAACCCAAUGAGGAUGCUGAUUUCUCAUUCUCGGAGUUUCACUUUAAUUUUACUGUGUUCCUUUUGUGGCUGUCUGUCACACUGCUAAAUGUGCCAUGUGUCCUGGUGUGGGCACACAACUACAGGUGAGAAGAAUGGGAUGUUGUCCUCUGUCCUGACUGUAUAUUUAAUAAUGAAGUGGACCCACAUAUGUAUUUUGUGUUGUAACAUAAUUUGGAAAAAAGAACUUUGAAGUUCUUUUGUUCCUUUUUGGAACAACAUGGAACUAACCUUAAAUAAUUAAUGUUUAAUUACUGCACUUGUCUGGAUGUAGUAGACAUUUUCUUCCUUAUAAAUAACUCCAUGUAGCUGAGUCCUGCUUGAGAAAGUAAUAGUUACAUAGUACAGCAUUUUAUGGAACUUCAAGGUUCAUCACCAUGUUCAU